CAGUCAUGAGAGGAGGAGAGAACGAAAGAGAGGAGGAGAAACACACCGAGUUCUCAAAUGUCAAACGAAGGGUGGAGUGUGUGACGUUCAACGCAGACAGAAAGGGAAGAACUUUUUCCGACAGUUUUUUUCUUCUCCCAAACAGAAAUUUCAUACAAAACGUGUUAACUUAGACGCUUCGGGUAGCGAAUGAAUGCAGCGAGAAACAUAAGACAAGAAAGAAGAAGGGGAAAUAAGCAUUUACUGAGAUCCCUCAGAUGCCUCUGUGCAACAGAUGACAGCAUUAAAAAUUAACACAGUGUGAAGCCUGUGGCCUUUUGAGAGAACAGAGAUAUCCCCUUCAGCAUGACUUCUGAACUGGACUCUAGCUUGACCAGCAUUGACUGGCUUCCUCAGCUUGGAAUCAGCACUUUGCGAUCAGGGAAAGAAAGAGUGGAACGAAAGAAAGAACGAGGAAAAGAGAAGGACUUCCCUCCCAUACCUACACCGUCCCCUGGAACUAAUUCCAAAGUGAAACCCCCUCACAGCUACGCCACUCUGAUAGCCAUGGCGAUAAGUUCUGCUCCUGAAAUGAAGCUGAGUUUGAAUGAUAUUUACACAUGGCUCAGCAACACAUUUCCUUUUUACAGCAGAGCAGGAAGAGGAUGGAAGAACUCAAUUCGACACAAUUUGUCCCUCAAUAAAUGUUUCCGGAAAGUUCCUCGACCACAGAGCGAUCCUGGGAAGGGGUCAUACUGGACGAUGGAUGUACCACCUGACUCAACUCAACCCAGAGGAGUCAAACGUCCUUAUCCUAAAGAGGAGGAUGUAAGGGCUCCUUCCUCCGAGGCCCAAGUGCCUGUCAGUCAAGCAGAGCUCCUCCCACCUCAGCCAGACACCAAAAGCAUGUUCUCUCCCUCUCCUUGCAAGCAGCGUCCAAGCAUCCCAAUAGCUACAUCUUUUCCUUCAAACCCUCAUGCUGAUCCCCCUCUCCGAUUCUCCUUUGCUGAUUUGAACCUACCAGAUCUGUACAAUUCCUUCCAGUCCCUCUGUCGCUCUGUGAGACAGAGAGUCACCUCACAAUCGGAUGUUGCCAAUUUACUUGGACUUACCCAUGACAGUACACCGCUCCACACGCCAACCCUGCCUCCUCUCUCCCCCUGCCCCUGUCCCUGUCCAAACCUUAAUAUUAACCAAUAUACCAUCACCCCUGCUCUUAACCCAAACCUGAAUACCAAUGGCAACUUCAACCCAAAUACACCCAAUACUAACUUUAGUUUUAUCCACAACCUAAACCCAAGCCAGAACUCUAACAUUCAUCCAAACUCCAACACUGAGCCUGACAAGCUGCUACACGGUAAUGUUGUUCCUGCAGAUUGGUUCAGUAACGCUGACUCUUUGAGAGAGAGUUUCAGAAUUGCUAGCAGUCUGGACUGGGCUAACAUUGAUCUCACCAGUCACCCUGACCUGGUAGAGAGCAUGCGUCAGGCCGAGCUCUGUGACUGGGCGUUGGAUUCGACGCUCUUCACCUCGCUGUGUGAUUCACUCAACCGAUUCUUCACUCAGAAGGGUCUCAUUAAUUCAUCUUCUGGUGGUCCCUCCUCUUUUGGACAAAUGGCCCCACCUCCUAUCAAUAUGCCGACCACUAACCUUCCCAGCCUGGCUAGUUUAACUCAACCAUCUCCACUCAUCUACUCCUCCCAACUCCCUCCUGGUACUGGUGAACCUCCCAUCCAAAGUACCAGGAGAACCCUGACCCCUCACACCCAGAACCGGACAGCACAGAGAUCCCCGGGGCUGCAGCCCACCACGAGCCAGCCACUGACUCCUAACGCACUUCAAACUCAACCACUGACCCCAACAGGACGUCCACACUUCAAGAAAGGCAACAGUGAGGAAAUCCAGGAUGAUUUUGAUUGGGAUUCAUUGAUUGAAUAAUUUAGUUUGCCGAUAUACAUAUAAAUACACAGUUAAGAAAACAUGAGCUAAUUAUUGAGGCAUGAUUCUGUCAAAAAGGAGGUGAGGCUAACCCAUUCAUCCUGUUUCAUUUGUAUGUGGAACAAAAGCAGCACCAUUGUAACAAUGAUCAUCAUUCAGCUGUUUGUUUCCUUUCAGUUCACUUCUGCCUUAUGAUAGAUACAGCACAAUGGUGCUGCUAUAGUCAACUGUAUGUUGAAGUGCUGGAGACAAAUGAUAACCAGCACCAAAUUGUCAGGUUAACCAAAACGUACAAUGCAAAAUAUUUAUCAGGUUUUUUUCCUGAACCGCUCCAGACCUUGAACGUUGGGGUGGAUCAAUGCACACCAGGCUGCCUUUUACGUCAGCGUAUUACAAUGUAAAUAACGUUAGCAUUUCCAAAGCUUUAGCCAGUUGACAAUGGCUCGGUUUUUGAUGAAUGUUGAUACAGGCUUUUUUGACACUUUAGUCAGUUCAAUAGUUAUUGAAAGAACUUCUGACCAAAGAAAUUAUCUUAAAUUGCAUGUACACUAACAAUUUGUGGUCGAAUAAAUGCAGUUAUAUUAUGACAAUACAUACAGUAUGGGUGUAUUUUGACUGAAACCAAUUAUGACAUUUAUUGCUUUAUAUUAUUACACUUUGUCACAUGGCAAAUCCCCUUGGGGAGCUAAUGUCGGUCUCCAAUUAAACAAAAAAUAAUAAAAGGAAAUGUCUAAUGUCUAUCAUUUUAAUUGCCAUUUAAAAGCAAACCAAUGUAACAAAAAAAGCUUGGACAAUUUUUUGUGUGGAAUUAUUUAAUUUUUAUUUUAAAUUUCUUUGAUUUUUUUUUUUCUCCAUUUUAUUUUUUAAUGUGAAUGUUCAGUCAACACCACACAAUUUUUGACCAUAGCCAAUAUUAGAGAAAAAUCUCUAAAAUUUUCAUAUAUAAAAUAAUUCAUUCAAAGUAAAUAAAGAUUAACAGCAUGGAUCAUGUCAUUCUGUCCCCAAUUUUAUAUGAUUUCACAUACGAUCACUCAGAUAAUUCUUUUUCAGUUUCAGAAGCGCUGACACUUUCCCAUUUUCUGUGUAAAUGUUCAAGGAAAAAAGGUGCUGAAGUGAAAUGUAAAGACAAGCUCUGAUUCUCAUGUGAACAGGUGUCGAAUUAAUGCUUUGAUUCUUACGACUGCAAAAAUAAAUGUUUGAAAAGAAGGACCUUUAUAACAAGUUAAGAGUGCUGAAAGUGAGACUAUGCUGAUGAAUCCCCAUCAGAAGCACAGCAGAGGACCGAGUGAAAACAAUGCACACAUCAUACACGCUCUCUCAUAUACGCGCGAGCGCACACACACACACACAGCAUCUCUUCAUGUGUACCACGUGACGUAGACUUGAAAUUUCGCAGGUGGUCAAAGGAGACCAAGCAGGCAUCUGUUUCAAUGGCAAUUUCCAGUGCGAUUUUCCUUGGUUUAAUCAAUCCCAGGAGUCAGAGACAUACGAUUAAAAUAAAUUACAAGAUUACACAUUAAAUUAAAAGUAAUACAUCUAUUGAAUGAUUUUUACUAGAGCUGUGAAUAAAACACAGCUGAAUUUUUCUGUCUGUUCAGGGCAAGCCCGUCACAGUCAUCCUUCAUGCACUCUUUCAUCAGAGGGUCAUCAAUGAAAGGGGGAGAAAGGGGUGUAUGAUUGAGUUCAUUAGUGGCUUGUUUUCCUCCUCCCUUAUCUUCAUGUUUCUGAACAAUAACAAUCAUCCUAAUAAUAUAA